AUGAAUGAAAUGAAGCUGGAGGUGGUGGAGGAGAACAUCAUGUCCAGUAGUACAUACGACAUCAGAUUCAACAAAGACGAGGGCAAGGUCUACAACCUCAAUGUCGUCCAGAAAGGUUAUGCAUUGACCGAAAACACCGGGAGGGAAGAGAGCACUAUAAGCCUCAAGUUUGGCUACAAGAAAACAUACACUAGUAGCUUUGGCACCAGCUACUCACUCAAGUUAGGCGCUAAAACAAGCGUCGUAUGUAGUGUGAUUCCAUUAAUCGUUGAGGGCAAGAUCGAAUAUACGGCCGAUUCUAUGUAUGAAACUCAUUGGGAACAAACCAUGACAACCGAAACUUUUAUCGAGGUUACGUACACCGCUAAAAUGCCUGCUAACAAGAAAGUAACAGUGACUCUUGAAGCGACUGAGGGAAUGUGUGAUGUUCCCUUCUCUUAUACUCGGCGCGAUAUUCUCUGCAGCGGGAAAGCCGUGGUCCACAACAUGGAAGAUGGAAUCUACAAGGGGGUUAAUUUGUUCAACUUCAACUUCAAAAGCAACUACGAGCCGCUACCUAAAGGUCAUAAUGAAAAAAUUGAAGAGUAG